CUUUUCAUUCUUGCAAAGGCGUGUGAAAUUAUUUUACAGCUGUACUUCUUUGUCUUGGUGAUCUUUUCCAGUGGAUCUAUUAAGAUUACAGGCACUAUGAGCAUGGAUGCCUUUGUCACCAAAACCGGCCUUCGAGUUGUAAACACCUGGCAUUCCAGCACUGCAUUGAAAGGGCGUGUAGAACUCAGACGUGGAAAGAUUCUUAGUGCAGACAUUGACUUUCCACAACAGAAAAUGGAAAUCCUGGAUGUGAGCACAGAGUUCUUCAGCAUUCAUGGUGAUCAGCAGAAGAAACAAGACUUGGUUACAGGCAACAGAAAGAGGCUGGAACUGUGCACAGGAGCAAGACUUGCCACCAUCACUGGCCUUGAGCUCUGUAAUGAAUUCCAGUGGCCUAGUACAUCAAUGGUAGACGAUGCUCCAUAUUUCCCCUUCACAGGACCAUUCUCUCAAAGCCUUGUUCUUCACAAGAGGGACACACACGCUGGGUACAAGUUCUUUGCAAAACGAACAGGGAGUAAGCAGAACACGUUUGUCCACUUCAACCUAAACACUCCUGGAUCCAGAACUGACCGCACCAUCGACGUAUCAGUUUCUUUAAAGAGGAAAACCAAAGAAUUUGAGAUGGAAGCAUUGACCCCCUGGAAAAAAGCAACCCUUAAAGGUUCAAUGACCUCUGCGAAGACAAAUAUUGGCUUGAAAGGUCAGUUAACUGUUGAUAAAUCAUCAGAAUAUAUUGUCAUCAGUGAAGUUGGCAUAAAGAGAAAAAAGUCAACCGUAACCUACACGCCCCGACUCGAGAUCAGGCGUCCAAGGGGAAAGGUCAUCCAACUGGCUGGAACAGUAGAGACGGAAGUAAACAAGAAAGCCAGUGUUGAGUUAACGCUCAAAGGGGUAACAACUCACCCAGUGAACUUGAAAUCCUAUUUGGUGAACUCUAAAACUGAGAAGAGUCUAAAGGGUUCCUUGAGUCUCGCCCCAGAGCAGGACUACGUUCUAGAGGCCGGAUAUGUGUACCAGGAGACUGGCAAGAAGAAGCCAACCAUCAAGGCCAUACCGACAUUGAUGGUGAAAACCCCAAAACGUGAGCUGGUCUCACUCAAGGGGGCAUGGGAAUAUAAGGAGAACAAAUCACUUCAGGGAAGCACCACUGUCGAUGUUCACAACAUUCUAAGCAAGCCAAUUACCUUUCAAUGUGAUAUGCGCCAAACAUCUGGUAAAAAGACAAAACGCUCAGCAAAAGUUAUACUCAGAUCUGAAUUCUUGGAUGCCAAAGUCAUUGGAAAUGUGGAAAGUACGAAGAAAACAGUUAACCCCACGGUCACCCUGGAGUACACACUUCCCAAGUCCUACAGAAGCUGGAGCAACAAACACACAAUCAGGUCAAAGCUGACAGAUCAUGACACAAAAAACCCACUUGAAGUCCAAGUUCCAAAUGGAUUAUACAAACCAGGAGCGCCCGCAUCUGAACGUAUUUCUGAAAGGUGACUUCUCCCACAGCACAAGGCAUACCAAAGCAGAUGUCACAAUAAAGUAUGGGGUCAAGGUUGGAAACCCUGCAAGACGGAUUACAGGAUCCGCGUCGAUAGACCACCAUGUGAACAAACGGGCAGUUAAUGUCAAGUACAAACUGAAGACUGAGAUUGGUCCAGUGGAUGUCAGUGUCGACAUUCAAGGUAAAUACAGUGGAAACUCGCGCACAAUAGGAUCUGACCUAGCUGCAAACUAUAAGAAACAUACAACAUCUUCGUCAGUUGCGUGUGGAUUCACCACAAACACAAAAGAGACCACAGCAGUUGUUGAAAUCAAGACACCACUUCACCAACUUAGAUUUCUAAAUGCUGAAGUAAGCCUAGAUCAUGAGACAAAGGUGGCUUCUUCAGUUGGAUCAUUUUCCUCGGGACCUAACGGAAAUAAUAUGUCAUAUGCAAUCGAUUUUAAGAUGCCAUCGAAUACACAUAACGGGUUGGCAUUGUCUGCUGUCGGAGUAUUGUCAUCUCCAUCCAACAGUGACAGGAAGUUUAUAUGCCAUUUUUACCAUGUUGGGGGUAUUUUCAAUUUUAAGACAAGAGGAAGUGUAUCAUAUGAUGAGACUAAACAUAUAAAAGGAGCAAUUUCAUUUGUAUUCAACGACCUAGCUGACGUUGACGUUGAGGUGGAGAUGACAACACCAUUUGAAGGAUUUGAAAACAAAACUGUUAAGUAUCAGCAUUUGUUCAGUACAAGGGAAACUGCUUUGGCUGCUGAAGUCACAAAUGGAAUCACAAAAAGAGCUAUGUUCAGCUUCAGGUUUGCCAAUUCGACAAAUGUCCAAGUGGCAAUGUCACUGAAGACUCCAUCAAGAAACAAUGCGAUGUCUUUAUCCUAUACUGGUCCUUUGGACAACUGUGAAGGAAAAACUGAAAUCCAAAUCCUUGGCUAUUCUAAUUUAGUGCAGAUUGUCUACAAACGUGGACAAAAAGUUAGCUUGCUAGCAUCAUCGAGUAACAAGAGUUUAGAUCUGCUUAAGGUGUGUAUAAACUAUGAACUAACUCCAACAACGCUUAAUGCCAGUGCUUCAUACACAUUCGGCGGUUCCACUUAUGGAGGUAUGGCUAUUGGGGUCAAAGAGAGAGACAGAACAGAGAUGGUUUUGAAACUGAGAACACCUUUCAAAGAUUUUCGUGAAACAGGACUUUGGUACCAACAAUACAAAUUCUGGGAACAUUUUUAUGUCGCUCUCCGAUACAGGGACACCAAAGAAAUAGCAUUCAGUGUUACCAACAACGUAACACACGGAAGAUCUUCCUUCGUUCCGACUUCAGUGUUGAGUUUAACAGAACUAAAGACACCAUUUAGAAACUGGGAAGUAUUGUCAUUUAGAUUUGAUGGACUUCUACGUGACGAAUUGCAUUUAAAUACUACAUUCAUGUAUGCAAACUAUAAGAAGAUCAUCAUAGACUCUAUCUGGUUUUUAAAAGAUCUAAAUGAACAAUCGACGAUACAAUUCUUCGUAAAAACACCAUUUGAAAAAUAUAGAACAAGUACGGUAGUAUUUAGUGGUCUCAAAAUAGAUUCAUAUUUCAAUGGUACAUUGGACAUUAGAAUUGAUGAAAUGGUUAUUACACUGUAUUCUACCAUGAAAGAGAACUACAAAGAGGGGAAUAUUACCAUGCAUACUAAUUUCCAAGGUUAUGAAUUAAUGGAAGGAACCUUUAUUAUUACAGAUAUCAAACGGCUAUACAAUGCCACAAGUACGUUUAACUUAAAUAAUGAAACAGUAAGAACAGAGUUUGUAACAGACAGAAGGCAUGAAUAUCACUCACAUCUGACAAUUUGGACUCCUGCUGAGAACUUCACAGACAUUGGGUUCACAUAUGAUUACAGCAGACAUGAUGAUGUCUCUGGCGAUGAACUGAACAUUCGCUACAGAGACAACAAAACCAUUACAAUUAGAACCACAUUUUACCCCCGCGUCAAUGGAACCAGAUCAACGAAAACCGAAAUGAUAACUCCAAUUACCGGUUAUGAGAGGCAACACAUUGUCUUUAUUGAUCGUUCAAAGUAUCGCAAGACUUUUGACGCAACCAUAACGGUCUUAACCAGUAAGGGCGAACAACUGACUCUAAUCUUUGAUAGUGUUCUGUAUUCAUUUGUUGACAUGAACCUAUCUUACAAAUCUAAGGAACCUGAGAGCAGAGAUCUUUUAAAACUUUCAUUUAGAAGCCCGUCUGUAGACAAUGUUACUGUCAAAGGUGAAUCAAAAGUAUCUUUGGGAGGUUUUGAAAAUUACGUUUUUGAUUACCACCAUUUUAUUGAUGAUGGAAGUGUUAAGGGUGCUCUGAAGUUGGAAAAAAAUGGGACAAAAUACAUUGCUACGAAUGUUUAUAGUGCCUUCAGCAGAAACAAAUUCCAUGGAAGUGUUAUUAUUGACUUAGCUGUUGAUAAUUUUCGCAACAUUACAGUUGUGGUC